CAGAGCGUUGGUUUGAAAGCGGAACCUUCGAAACAUCGUCGUAUGUUUCUACACGGAUACAUUACGGGGGUGUACUGAUUUGUCGUCAACAUCAACAACUGAAGUUUCAUACUUACACGCCUCACACUGAGCGGAGACAGCCAGCAGUCAGGCAUGAAUGUGAACCAGGGGACGGUGGGCAGCGACCCGGUCAUCCUGGCCACGGCGGGAUACGACCACACGGUCCGGUUCUGGCAGGCCCACAGCGGGAUCUGCACCAGGACAGUCCAGCACCAGGACUCCCAAGUAAAUUCACUUGAGGUCACACCUGACAGGAGUAUGAUUGCAGCUGCAGGUUAUCAGCACAUCCGCAUGUACGACCUGAACUCCAAUAACCCCAACCCGGUGAUCAACUACGACGGAGUCAGCAAAAACAUCACAUCUGUGGGCUUCCAUGAAGAUGGACGCUGGAUGUACACGGGAGGAGAGGACUGCAUGGCUCGCAUAUGGGACCUUAGAUCAAGAAAUCUACAGUGUCAGAGGAUAUUCCAGGUCAACGCUCCAAUCAACUGUGUAUGCCUGCAUCCCAACCAGGCAGAGCUGAUUGUUGGAGACCAGAGUGGAGUGAUCCAUAUCUGGGAUCUGAAGACUGACCACAAUGAACAGCUGAUUCCUGAGCCAGAGGUCUCCGUCAACUCAGUUCACAUUGACCCAGAUGCCAGUUACAUGGCGGCGGUUAACAGCUCGGGUAACUGUUACGUGUGGAACCUCGCCGGAGGCAUCGGAGACGAGGUGACUCAGCUCAUCCCCAAGACUAAGAUCCCUGCACACAAAAAACGCUACUCCCUCCGCUGCAAGUUUAGCCCUGAUUCCACUCUGUUGGCCACCUGCUCAGCAGACCAGACCUGCAAGAUCUGGAGGACGUCCAACUUCUCGCUGAUGACGGAGCUCAGCAUCAAGAGCAACAAUCCCGGAGAGACGUCCAGAGGCUGGAUGUGGGACUGUGCUUUCUCUGGAGACUCGCAGUAUAUUGUCACUGCCUCUUCAGACAACCUGGCUCGUCUGUGGUGUGUGGAGACCGGCGAGAUCAAGAGGGAAUACAGCGGCCACCAGAAGGCUGUUGUGUGUCUGGCCUUCAAUGACAGUGUGCUGGGCUGAAGAGGAGAAGGAGGAGGGAAGAGAUGAAGAGAUGGCAGACAGUCUGUGCAGAGGUGGAAUAAGGACAGAAAAGCUCAGAACGGACUCUUGGGAAGAUGUGCCUCAACUGGGAAUUAAUACAAAUGAUCCCGGAAAAGAUCAUCCUGAGAAAGAGAAGGCUUGUGUUUGAACAUUAUAAUGAAUCUCAGCUGUGAUCCAAGAUAUCUACAGGGCUCUUUCUUGCCAGAUAUCUGUAAGUAUUCAGCAAGGCAGAAAUUCAAGUCAAAAUCCAUCUUAAAGGGCCACACACACUAUUUUUCACCAGCCCUACAGGAAAACUUCUGAACCAACAGUGCAGAAAUUGGUAUAAAUCUGAAAAUACAGUCAUGAAAAAAAUUACUAAACCAUUGUUUCCUUCAAUUUCUUGUUCAUUUUAAUGCCUUGUACAACUAAAGGUACAUUUGUUUGGACAAAUAUAAUGAUAACAACAAAAGUAGCUCAUAAGAGUUUAAGAGAUGAUAGCUAGACAUUUUCCAUGUUUUUCUUGAUAAUAACCAUGGAAAAUGUCUAGAUAUCAGCUAGUAAUUUUUUCCAUGACUGUAUGUUAGUAUUCAUCAACAAUCCUUUGUUUUUUACUUCAUCACUAUAUAAACAAACAGGUGUUUGUUUAUAUAGUGCACCAUAAUAUUUAUUGUAUCAAAGGACCACGUUUCAUGUCAACAUGCAGGAUUUUUUUCUCAUGUUUAAUAUGUGUAAUUCACUCUUUAUUUGCUAUUCUAAGUGAUUUCGCAGUAAAGAUGUAAUUCAAACAUG